AGUCAGGAGGAGGAGGGGGUCGGUCUUGUGAUGAGGAGAGGGCGCUGACCGGAGCAGUCAUGUUGCCGGGAUAAGCGGCCGGCGAGCGGGAUGACGCAUUUCAGGCCUCCGCAGCUGGUUUCGGAUUACAGUGACUUCGGGCGGCAGCAGGUCCUGCGGGAUGCGCUCCACUCCGGGCCCGGUGACUGCCGGCUCUUCAGCAGCCCGGACCGGCGCCACCUCUUCAUCUGGCUGCUGCGGCAGAGGAGGCUGCUGUCCUUCCCGCGGCUCACGGCUGACGUCGCGCUCCCGGGGGCUUACCUGGAGCAGAGCUGGCGGGACUCCCCUCAGCUGUGCGGGCUCCUCUUCCCGCGCUACCCGCAGGACUGGCUGCUGUGCCUGGUCUGGGAGAACGGGCGGGCGGACGUGUGGAGCCCUCCCCGGGGACCCUCCGCCAAGAGCUGGCUUCUGCUGCAGUCGCUGGAGCUGUGUAACAGUCCCCGGGCCCGGGUGGUGUCGGUGUGCGGCGGGGGCGCGGAGCUGGUGUGGUGCGAGCAGAGGGCCCCCUCCAGCCCCUACAUGUACUGCAUCUGCCGGCGGCCACUGCGCCUGUGCGGCGGACAGCAGCAGGUGACCCUGGGCAGCAUGAAGAUCGUCCUCCAUCACAGCCCUUUGUACUCCAUGCUCUCCUCCCCUCAUCACAUCUUCAUGAUCCCAGAUGCUGGCUCUCAUCCCCUUCUCAUAUACUCCCUCCUGGAAAACAAGAUGACCAUGACCACCCCAACCACCGGGCUCCUCCACAGCAAAGCUCUGACCGAGGGCGACUUUAAGAAGAUGGUUCAGGAAUACACCGGCUUCCUUUCUUCUCAGAUGCCCACAGCAAUUCUGCAAUCGGAGGUUACCGAGGAUGGUCAUCUGCUUCUUAUGACUACUUCUGGUCAGAUAUAUCUGGUCUAUCAGAACGGGGGCGUCAGGCAUAUCUUUGAUAUUGAGAUAGUGGCUGAAGCUCAGAUCAAGAUUCAGAUGUUUGAGAAGAUCUUGGCUUGUGCUGUAGAUACAUCCGUGUUCCUCAUAGAUAUCAACACCGGGAGGCUUCUGGCCACGCAGCUCCUCCAGGCUGAAGAACUGUUUUUCGCAAGAGUAUCGGAUACAGAGGAGGUCCAGGUUCUCACGAGGAAUGGCGUCUAUAGAAUUAGCUCUUCUAUCAGUACCGAAGAUGAGGGGAAGUCUGAGCCUUCCUUGCUGGACAUGGUUUAUGAAGAGGCCUGUAAGUACUAUCAAAGAAGAAGCCUUAGCAGCGCGAAGCUGACUGUGCCUGAGAUCAAGAAAGGUGGGAUGUUCCAAGCCCCCAUCACCUUGUCCGCCAUCCUCAACAACUACCAGAAAAAUGGCAAAUCCAAGGACCAAACGCAGUACGCAGAUCUGCUGAGCAACAUAAACAAUGAGCUCCAGAGCUUCGUAAGUCUGGAACUCCUCAAGACCUGCAUCCUCAGCGCAUCCGAAGAAGAUAUUGAGAAGUGCUGUGAGGAGCUAGUGGAUCAUGAGGUCACAAGACUCCUUCAGAUGGACAUAGACCGGGACUGUCUAAUAUAUAUUAACUCCUUGUUCAGCACGUUCCCCAAGGCGGCCUGGAUGUCUGUAAGAAAUAACUUUCAGUUUCUUCAGAAUGGAGACGGGAAACUCGUCAUCAGAGCCACCGCCGAGCUGUGGAAGAAAGUGUUGAGCCCGCUCCCGGUGGGCUCUAAGGACAGUCCCCAUAAUGGGGUGUAUCCGCUGUUUGAGGUCCUCUGUCAGUCGCUAUGCACCUUUAAACCCAUGUGGCUUCCUACUUUUGUCCAGCAUGCCCAGGACUGCUCGGGGCUCUCCUGGAACUUUUCCACCAAAGAUAACUUUGAAGGUGCCCCCCUUUAUAAAAGGGCUUUAUCUGUCCUGGGGAAGCGGAAGGAAAACACUACUGUGGACCUGGAGGUGGAGAUCCUGCUGUGCAGCGGGAGGCCGCAGGCCAUCAUACAAGCCAUACAUAAACUGAUCUAUCAACAGCACUGGGCAAGGGUCAUCGAAGAGACACGGAAGUUCUCGCAGCUCAGUCCCCUCAUCACUAAGAACAUCUUCAUCACCCUCUUAAUAGAAUUCGUCAAGCACAGACAUUUGGACUCCUACGUCAACCAGCUGUGCGAGAUCUGCCCUGAGGAUAUGACCGCCACUGAGAUCUUGCGGAUUGUCCUCCAGAACAUGCCCAAAAGCGAGGCUGAGCCGCCGCCGUUCUCCUGCAGUGGAGGGGCACAUCUUACUGUAGGGUUACUCAAACCCCUCCUAAAUAAGGUAUUGCAGAACCAGGUCAGGAACGAAAAGUUCCCGGUGCAAACCUUUCCUCCGACCACUCCGCAGCGGACAAACAAAUCUGUCUCUCACAGCCCCGUCCUGAAUGGGGACGACCUGUCGCCCACCGACUUCUACUCCACUAAGGCUUUAUAAAUUAUUGCAGUAUUCAUGUAGGAAUGGUGGGGGGGUCUUAUUAACUAAGCACUUUCUGCCGGGCCCAUGUCAUACAGACCCAAACAUGCGUCAGUAUUCGUGCUAGCUGGCACUCCUCUCCAGCACCAGGGGUCCUGUCACAUUGCCUCUAGUUCCCUGUGGACUAGAAGUGUGAUGUUGCAUGCACUGCUGCAGCCAGGCCUCGGCUGUCAAGUGCCAUGGAGGCCAGGGAAUAGUUGCAGCAGUGUAUCACCUAACCACGGAUGGGAUGUCACUCCUCCUGUAUGCAGCGUGGACGGGACCUUUGGCUGUGGAAUGGAGUGUCGAUGUGGCUAUUUUUUUUAUGCUUAACACUUUCAGAGCCAUCAUGAAAAUUUUUGGGAUCAGAGAACUACUUGGGAAAGAACUACUUUAUUUUUUAUUUUUAAAUAAACUGCCUGUAGCCACCACUAGGGGGAGCUUAAGAGCAUUCAGUAGAUCGGCUGUAUGCUGCUCCCUCUAGUGGUGUCUAUUGGCGACCAUUUUAUCAUUUAAGUAUAUCGGAAAAGCUGAGCUCCGACUGUUGUAAAGAUGUAUUGCUGAACGUUGUUCCUCUGGUACUGCUCCAAAAAUGUAGGCAGAGAACCUCUAGAUCAGUAUUAAAGGGGUAUUCCAGUUAGGGAAAGUUAUCCCCUAUCCUGUGGAUGUUAGAUCAGUGGGGGCCCUGUUGAGCCCCCCUGAAAUGGACUGAGUAGCUGAUUGAAAAUGCCGUCUGCCGCUCCAUUCAUUUUUAUGGGAGCGCUGGAGAUGGCAGAGUACAGCCUUCACCUAUCUCCUGCACUCGCAUAGAAACCAAUGGAGCAGCGGCAAGCAUAUGCGACCGUCCAUUCCAUCCAUUUCAUGGGGGUCCGCGCGUUACAGGGAUGCCGUUCUCGUGAUGGGAGCUGUAGGAUCCCCACCGAUCUAAUAGUUAUCCCCUAUCCUGUAAGUAAGGGAUAACUUUCUCUAAUCGGAAUAGCCUUUUAAGUUACCGUAUUUUUCGCCCCAUAAGACGCACUUUUUUUUUUUUUUUGUACUGGAGUUUCAUAGUGAGUACUAGGUGGAUUACCGCAGAGAUUUCUACACUUUUUUACAUAUGGCAUGCAUACACUUUACAUAUGAAUACUGCUGUGUGCGGGGCCCGGUGUAAUAGAGUACAGUGACUGCACCGGGCCCCACCGCGAUUCCAGCA